ACACAAGCCAAAAGCUCCUGACCACUUUUAAAAAAAUGGCACCUAGCACUGUUUUUCCAGAGCAACAUAAGGGCAUCCCCAAGGAAAAAAACAAGUUGCGAAAGCCAGCUGUGGAGAAGAUGCGAAGAGAUAGAAUCAACAGCAGCAUUGAACAGCUCAAGGUUCUGUUGGAAAAGGAAUUUCAUAGGCAGCAGCCCAAUGUGAAACUUGAAAAAGCUGACAUCUUAGAAAUGGCUGUCGCCUAUCUGAAGCAACACGGUCUGCCAAAAACCAACAAUAUGGUACAUCACAAUUUAGAUAUGAAGUUCAAAGAUGGCUACUCCACUUGCUUUAACGAAGUUCUCAGCUUCCUGUCGCUCCAGCCAAAGCAGAGAACAACUGAAAUCAGGCUGAUGGACCACUUCAAGUCCAACGAAGUUGUCAGUGUUCCCUCGGUGCCUCCAACCAGACAUAACCAGGCCAAGCAAGCGGAGCUGAGUAACAGCAGCUCUCUCUGGAGGCCCUGGUAGGCCUGUUGUGGACUCAAUGACCCAGAGGACAUUAGAGACUUGUUCAAUUAUUGUCCUCUACAAAGUAGGGAACAUUUUCCUGGACCUCCGGUAUUUGGAGGUCAAUAAUAUAUCUUGUACUUAUAAUGGAGUGUGGCUGUCAAGACAGCCAGAUAUCAGCACUCUGUUGAAAUGUAUUGUACAUUGCCACAUGUUGUAUUGCAUUGCAUGGAGUGAAUUAAGCCACACCAAUGUGGCAAAGGUUAUAACUUCAGUAUGAAGUUUCUGUCCCCAUUGAUUGGAUCUUACUCAUGAAAUUAGAGGAAAGGAAGAAGAGGUGUU